AUGUUAACUGUUGAAUUGUUGAUAGUUCAUAUUUUAUAGUUCAUUAGGAAUAUUCGCAGUAGCGACUAGUUUUUAUUCAAUUUGAAGAAAUACACACAAUCCUUUAAAUUACGAGAGACUACACUGUGCAUUACUAAAAUGGCUACUUUGGAGGACAAAAUAUUGGGAGAAAAACUUCAUAACUACUGUAGUAGUAGCGAAGAUGAAGGAGGUUCUGAUGAUGAAGAUUGCCAAAGCUCAGAUGAGAAAGAAAAUUCUUUAAAGAGGUGCCAGGAGCCAUCGGAACCACCGCCUGUUAAUAAUUGGAGCGGUUCAGCAACCAACACAGGCCCAAAAGGGGUUUUGGAAGAUUGGAGAAGAUUUAAAGAAUUAGAAGCACAGAACAGAGAGGAGUUAGCCAAAGAGCGCAUUGCUCUAGCUAAAAAACUCACUAUGACGGUAAAAACAGUUCAAGAAGAGGAUAAAGAAAAAGAAAUCGAUGAGUUGGAAGAUGAGUUAGACGAAUUAAUUGAUGAAGGUUUUCUUAUGAAGUACCAACAACAAAGAAUGCAGGAACUCAUGGCGCAGUUACAAAAAGCGCCUAAAUUUGGCAAGCUUCAAACGCUGAAAAACCAGGAUGAUUUCUUGAGUGCUAUUGAUAAGGAAGACGUAAAAGUAACAGUGGUUAUACAUAUAUAUGGACACAAUGUCAAAGCUUGUGAGAGCAUGGACGGUUGUUUAAGUAUAUUGGCAUCAGAUUAUCCGGCAGUAAAGUUUUGUAGAAUAGCAGUGGAUGUAGCUGGUUUGAGUCGUCACUUUAGUGUAGAAGGUGUGCCAGCGCUACUUGUGUAUAAAGGCGGACAGAUUAUUGGUAAUUUUGUUCAGUUAGCAACAGAACUCGGCAAUGAUUUCUUUGCUUCAAAUGUAGAAAAGUUUCUCAUAGAAUAUGGUAUGCUGCCUGAAAAUUAAAUUGUGUUUGCUGUUUUUAUUAAUGCAUUUUUGUUUGUAGAGAUUGUGUUGUUUUAAUGAGUUUCUAUAUUGUUUAUCAGUAUUACAACAGAGCAUCCAAGAUGAAUCUAGCAUAUAUUCUAUUUUCGUUUAGUCAGAUAUGCUAAGCAUUUUAUUAUAAUUUAAGUUAAACUUAAAUGGCACCACCAAUUUGUUUAUGUAAGUUAAUGUGGUAACAUAUUUUUGUUUAUAACUCCUUAAACAUUUUGACAACCUGAGGCUGCCAAUUUUGGACAAGACUUUGUAGGAUUUGUGUAUUAACCUAGGAUAAUCAAUGAAUUUUAACAGGACUUUUAGGAACAGAGGUGUCUGUUGUUUGCGAUAAUAAUAUUUAAAAUAAUUUGUGUUCCAUUGUAAGAGUAAGUCCUCUUCAAGAAUUAAAGUCCCAGUGUCAGAAUACAGUAUAGAUCUGAAAAAAUAUGUAAUGACCCAUUUACACUACCCAUGCUAUUGGCAAAGCAUUAGAAGCUAUGAAAAAGGGUUUUUUAAAUAUAAACCCUACAUUCUAUUUUGGUAAUUUUGAAUUUUUAUUUGGAUAUAGCAUAAAUGUACUGCUAAUAUAAAAAAAUUCUUUUAAAAUAAUUAAAGAUUUAAUCCGAGUCUUGGUUUAUAGUGUAUGUGAGACAUCAUCAGCGUUGAUCAUAGUAGCUGUUUUUGAUAUGUUAUUUAAAAGAUAAAGUGGAUAUGUUUUGACUAAAAUAAGGAUUUAAUAUAAAUUAUCCAUCUCUAGUGUUAUUCUAUACUGCAUAUUUAAGAAACUUUGAUGAAUAUUUUGUAGAGGAAACUGAAGGAUGGCUUCUCCAUUCCAAUAUGAGUGUUAAAUAUAUAGAAUGCUCGAUUAACACAAUAGAUUUUUUGGUAAAGCAACUGCAAUCUGACAUUCCGAAGGUUUCAGUAUUCAAACCGGCUUGAAGCAGUGCAUUUUUUACGAUUUAUAAUGAAUACAAUAGUAGUCUUAAUACAAUAGUUGAACAUGUAAUGUGGCAGAGAAUUGAAAGUGAGACAUGUCGCCUUCAUAGCUAUGAAUAAUGAUUUUUUGCUAGUUAAUUAAUGUGAUGCACAUAACACUUGGCUAGUACUUUUUGUAACUUUCACUGGAAUCGACGCUGUAAUUCUUAGUAAUUAGUGUUACUACAAAUAGUGCAAAUAUUUUUUAUUCAAGUUUCUUAAACAAAAUUACUUAAUGAGUUUUACAGUUGCAUUUAUUAGAACUCUCACAGUUGGUAGGUUUAGGAUUUUUUUAAGGGGAACAUUUUUGUCCAUAGAAAUUAAAGUGUAGUGUCUAAAAUUAUGGUUUAAGUGAUGUGUUUCUAAUAUAAAAAAAAAAAUA